AUGGAAGCCAUGGAGGAACUCAAGAUACAUACUCUCAUCCAAAGCAACUAUCGGCUCUUUGACGCUUCUGGAAAACUCCCCUUUACGAUUGACUUUGGACUCUGCCGCCACUCGCCUCUAGAUACUGAUCCUAGGGCUUUGGUGCUGGAUAUUUCUGGUUCGGCUUUGGAUGUGCCUUAUGCCCUUGACCUUGGACUGUUGACUUCGCAUGGCAUCAACACACUGCAAAGCGAUAAACAGAGAUUGAAGGAAGCAAGAUUUGGCAAGGAGGUUGGAGAGAAACGAUAUAUUACGCUCUCUUCGCCAGUGGGAAGGACGAAACACUAUAAAGAUUGUUUUACGAUGUUUGAGUAUGUAGUCGAUAAGGACAGUGAACUUGCUGCUCUGCUACGAGAGGGCAAGGAAUACAGGAUCAAGCUUGCAACCAAGGACCUAGGCAUAAAUUGGUGGACUUAUAUUGACGAUCCUUCACUCCCGCUAGACGACAAACUACUAUCACGACCCUCGGAGACGCCAAAAUUGGUCAACAGUAAACCCUCAGCCGGCAAUGCUAGUUUCAAAGUCGUGGAUCGUUUGCCUUGGCCACCGGAGAUAUCUGCACACCUCUGCCUCAUACCAGCAAAAGACACUUCUCCAUCCCUCCUCCAAAUCUGCAUCGCGAAUCCCACCUCACAACCAACAACAAUACAAUUUCGAAGUACGCAACGCUACCUAGCUCCCCGAGAUCUCCUGGGUGAUCGCCAACCCACACAGCCACGUCUAUACCGUACCCUAGAACCAGAAACACCACUCUCCUCGUUCGGUCUCGUCAUCACAAACACCAGCACCAAAAAAGACUUUUACGACUNNAAUAGACGACGCGCAGGAUGUCUGGGCGUAACGGCAGGAAAUGUUGAUCCACGACCCAGAGGUAAAGACCUCUUGACUCUAGAGCCUGGACAACAGAUACUCAGACACAUUACUCUUGAUUCUAUACUCCAUGGACAUGAUGAUGGGGUCUACGUUAUCGGAUUGAGGGAGCAGAAACAUUGGUGGCGUAUAGGAGGCAAGGAAGACAUUUGCGAGGAAAGUGAUGAUGCGAAGGUCAAGAAAGGAUUGUUUAGUAGGGACAUAUCGCCGUUAGCGAUCAAGUCUGAGGAUACCGUCGAGGUGAAGGUGGUCAAUGGAGAAGUGGUUAAGGAAUAG